AUGAGUCGCAGUACGCAAGGCUGCUGGACGUGUCGCAUUCGUCACAAGAAAUGUGACGAAACCCGUCCUCUCUGCAAAGCUUGUACUUCACGCAAGGUCCAAUGCCAUGGCUACGGGGGAAAACCGACCUGGCUGGACGGCGGUGCCCUGGAACAGGCGCAUCGCAAAGACAUCAAGAAGGCCGUCAAACAGAACUUCAGGUUACUGAGACAGUCCAGGUCCCCAAUUUCCACGGAUGGCCGUGCACGUACGGAGCACCGGCCUAAUGGCAAAGAUCUCAAAUCUCUCAAGAGGCCCGCUCGUCAGGGUGAUCUUGACAUCUCGAUUUCCCCAGAGUUUGUGGAGCUAUCCAAUUCAGAGCUGAGCAGUUCAUUACCACUCACAGCUCCACCGACUUCAUCGAGCAUUGCCCCUCAAGCACAGAACAGCGUGCCCCUGGGUCGGAAUGUGUUCGAAUACCGGGACGCCGAGCUGUUGAUGCACUACUUCGAUUACGUAUUCCCACUACAAUUUCGAUUUCUGGCGCAAGAUCUAGACAAAGGAGGGCGGGGGUGGUUGCUGUGGCUGCUGGUCAAGACGGGGCCUCUCUACCAAGCAGCACUAAGUCUAGCUGCGUUGCAUCAAUAUACGCUCCGCUAUCGAGAUCAAAGCGAGAAAUAUGUCGAACUCCACAGUUACCAUUCCAAGGCAUUGCGGGACCUGCAGUUGUUUCUCCAGGAAAAUCAAGCGACGAACACCAUCGGAGAAACUACACGACAGAUGGAGGUGCUAGCUUGUGGAGUAUCGUUGAUCAGCUUUGAGCUUUUUCGGGGAGGUGUCAGUGAUUGGCAAUUGCACCUGAACGCACUUGCAUCGAUUGUCCAGAGUCUUGACCCAGAGGUGCUACCGAAGUCCAUCAACAGCCUACUGCAAAGUCCAUCACCAUCUCCACCGGGUCCAGAGAGGGCAGCGUUCCCGUUCCUAGUUGCUGUUGUACUGUGGUUCGACCUGCUCUCAUGCGCAUCCACUGGUGAGGCUCCGCGCCUUGCAUAUCAAGCACUACUUCAUGAUUAUCCCAUCAAACUCGAAGAUGUUGUGGGUUGCCAAAACUGGGCCAUGGUAGCAAUUGGCGAUUUAGCCAUCCUGGAUCUAUGGAAAAAGCAAGCCGAGCAGGAUGGAAAUUUGAGUGAGGCAGACAUGCUUCUACGAACUCAAAGUAUACAGGAAAAGCUGGAAGACGGACUCAACACUCUCGAACUAGACUGUAUGGCAGCAAGCAGUCAGGUUCCGGGCCUUGAGAUCAGGAAUAAUGUUGUGUGCAAGGUCACAAGAAUAUUUGCUUCUGCAGCCCUUGUCCAAUUGCACACUAUCAUUCAUGGUGCUCAACCUGGCCAAACCAACGUCAAAACCGCUGUUGAGAGGACUAUCAAAGCUCUUGACCAAGUCCAGGACCAUCAAGAUAUGCGUGGCCUCAUCUGGCCCAUCUGCAUAUCCGGUUGCAUGGCGGAAGAACAUCAGCAACCGAUGUUCGAACAUCUGAUAAAGAAGGUGAUUGGUGAGUCACUGCAAGAUUUCGGAAACUCAACGACUAUUCUGCACAUCAUGCAAAAAUGUUGGAGCAUGCGACUUUCCCAACCAAACAAGCAAUGGAACUGGCAGAGCGCGAUGGCUGAGAUGGGCAUUUGCGGGCUCUUAGUCUGA